AUGUUUUCAAUUGUUAAGUGUUUAAGAGGACCGGGAGGUUCGUUAAACUUUGACUACUAUGCCUAUACAGCUAUUGUCAAAACACGUACUACCGAUCUAUUAUGUGGCGGUGCUAUUAUUGCACCUAGAUGGGUUAUUACAGCUGCUAACUGUGUACCCAGAAAUGAUCGAUCCUAUUAUCAAAUCAAAUGUGGUAGUCAACAUCUAAAAGAUACCGAUGACGUCAUAGUAGCCAAUGUUAUACAAGUGUACCGGCAUCCACACUAUGACCCGGCUAAUCAAAAUAACAAUAAUAUUGCCUUGCUACAUUUGGAUACGGUAGUCGAUAGGGAACCAUGUCAAUCGAUAAAAUUAGCUAGAUCAUUUCCCGAAAUAAAUCAGGAUAAAAAAAUAAGUGUCGACUUUAGCGGCUGGGGUUCAAUAGAUAAGUCCAGUGAACCGAAACCGUCGGAUAUUAUCAGGAGAUUUGCGGCUAAUAUUUUAAAACAAAAUGAUUGUCAAAAUCGACAUCAAAAUAAACCGAUAUUUGUUAAUAAUUUUUGUACAUCACUACCCGGUUAUGAUCCAAAUUUUAUCUAUGGUGCCUGUGCGAAAGAUAAUGGCGAUCCUAUUGUUGUAAAAAGAUUUCCAAACAUUACGUUAAUUGGUAUUAAUAGUGAAAACGGUUGCAAUACUUUUGAAUUUCCCGAAAUCAAUACAAAUGUUUUGGCUUAUAGACCAUGGAUUAGAGAUACUACCAAGCUUAUUUUAUAA